AUGGCUCGGCGCUGGCUGCCAUUCACAGGGAUUCAGGGCGUCAACCAACAAGGGGCCAAGGGAGGUCCAAGGCGUUCAACGGACCGGACCGUUCAGGUGCCAGCCAGUCCAAGCCCCAUAGGCACAGUCCUCUUUUCUUUUUAUCCCCUAAACCUCCCAGAGGUCGUGGAUUGCUCGUAUCGUCAGCACUUUGAGAUGUCUCUCAAAUUCUCUCUCUCUCUCAAAUUCUCUCUCAAACUCUCAAACUCUCUAACUCUCACACACACUCUCUCCUCUCUCUCUCAAACUCUCUCUCAAAAACUCUCUCAAGCUCUCUCUCUCUACAUCUCUGUCUCUCACUCAAAUCUCUCUCUCUCAAACUUUCGCUCUCAACCUUCUCUCUCUGUUUUCUUUCUAUUUCCUCCGCUUGUUCUCUGA